CACAACACACACAACACAAACACAAUUUGUUCAUAUAUUUCUCUUCAAAGUUCAAACAAUGGCAAAGCUCGCAUUGGCUGCUACGAGCGGUAAGAGCUGCAAAAUACUCUUAGGGCUGAGACUACUUGCCUUCUUGGCCACGUUAUCUGCAGCUAUCGUAAUGGGAUUGAACAAAGAGACAGAGACUUUUGUUGUGGGAAAAGUUGGAAAUACUCCAAUUAAAGCUACUUUCACUGCUAAGUUCGACCACACACCAGCUUUUGUGUUUUUCGUAGUGGCUAAUGCAAUGGUGAGCUUCCACAACUUGUUGAUGAUUGCUCUUCAGAUAUUUGGAGGGAAAAUGGAGUUCACUGGUUUUCGUCUUCUCUCUGUCGCCAUUCUUGACAUGCUGAAUGUGACUCUAAUUUCGGCGGGAGCAAACGCGGCGGCGUUCAUGGCGGAGGUAGGAAAGAACGGGAACAAACACGCGAGAUGGGACAAAAUCUGUGACAGAUUUGCCACUUACUGUGAUCACGGCGCCGGAGCAUUAAUCGCCGCCUUCGCCGGAGUAAUCCUUAUGCUCAUCAUCUCCGCCGCGUCAAUCUCUCGUCUCGUCCAGCCUAAUAAAAGCUGCUCCACCACCGCAUCUCCCUCCGUCGUCCCCUGAAAACAUACACGUGUGUUGCACACGUUUCUCGUUCCCCUGUUUUUUCUUUUCUUACUUCUUCUUUGUUUCUUCUUGAGUGUUUUGGUGUGUCUCUUGAGUGAUUUUAUCAGAUUGUGUAAGCAUCUCUAAGCAUUUGCUUUGUCUCUUCUUAGUAAAACUUUCUUCUUCCU